UUAUCUGUAGUCCUGGAGGGAGGGAUCUAGAUCCCUGCGAUCUUUCCCGGAGGAAGCGCUCUGCUCGGUAGCGCCGCGGUUUUCAGCCGAGUUUUGCCUCCGCGCCCGCGCUAGCCCAGAGCCCAAGGGGCAGACAGCGCGUCCCGGUGCGUGGAGAGGAUGGUCAUCCGCGUGUUCAUCGCCUCCUCUUCGGGCUUCGUGGCGAUAAAGAAGAAGCAGCAAGAUGUGGUUAGAUUUCUGGAAGCCAACAAGAUAGAGUUUGAGGAGGUGGAUAUCACAAUGUCAGAAGAACAGAGGCAAUGGAUGUACAAAAACGUCCCCCCCGAAAAAAAGCCUGCUCAGGGCAACCCUCUGCCACCUCAGAUAUUUAAUGGUGACCGAUACUGUGGAGAUUAUGACAGUUUUUUUGAAUCAAAGGAAAGCAACACAGUGUUUUCAUUCUUAGGCCUGAAAUCACGGUUGGCAUCAAAGGCAGAACCUUAGAGAAGACAAGUGGAAGAUGAUGGAGAUGCAUUUUGGAGCGCCCCCUGGUACUCGGCACACACCUGCUUACCUAAUGCAUCACUGUGACAAAAGCCACAUGCAUCAUCAAUAACUUUGCUUGCAUUUGGAAAAGGUGUUUUUGGAAGAUGUGGGUAUAAUGGGAUUGCAUGAUUGCUUUAAACCAAAUCAGAACUGUGGUGGGUUUUUUUU